AUGGCGUCAAUGUUUCGAGAAUUACAUGAAACAGAUGAUUUGGGUUUGAACAUGAGGGCUCCCGUUAAUUUGGAUCAAUUUGGAUUUAACCAUUUAUCCACCUUCUACUUCUUCAAGUCCCUUCGCAUCUCUCCAACCCAUAUCCCUACGGCUUGCCACGCCGUCCGCCUCAAUGCACCCCGCGUCGGGGGCAAAUUUGCCGCCUGGAAUGCCCUCUGCUAUGCCUCCCACUACGCCUUGGUUUCUGUUCGUCAGAAGGACGACGGCUGGAACAGCAUAUUUUCCACGGCCAUCGGCACCGGGCUGCUCUCCGUGUGCCGCCGCAGUCUCAGAGCCUCCGCACGCUUCACCAUGGGUGGUGCUCUCCUCGGCGCAGUAGCACAGGUCAGCUCAAUCAUGCUUGACAUGCAUGUUUGA